UUAACAAGAUGACGAGCUAAUGUCAGAUACGAGGCGAUAGCGACCAGUCCCACUUCGAACAAGGCUCUGAGUGGCAUUCCUGAAGUGUUUGAGAACAGUGGGACGCCACUCAACGUUAUCGUUUGGACACAGUGGCCUCGACGAAAAUUCUGCAGAUGCGAAGAUGACUGCAAUGAAAGCGGCUGAGUACGAAAUCGUUCCACCCGAUGGAGGGUGGGGCUGGAUGAUUGUCUUGGGGGUCGCCCUAAAUUACAUGACUAGCCAAGCCCUCAUCUCAGUGUUCAGCGUGUUGUUUGGAGACAAGCUGAUCUCGAUGGGGCACAAGACUACAAGUGCAGCCGUCAUAAUGAACGUCAUGAUGGCAGUCAUGAACUUCUCUGGUCUGUUCACCGGACCGCUGCUGAAGAAGUUCUCGAUGCGACAGGUGGCUGUCACCGGAGGGUGCUUUGUGGUGACCGGCCUGGUGCUCACCAGCUUCGCCAAUUCCAUCAUCCACAUCAUCAUCACCUACAGUAUCUUUGUAGGUCUGGGAAUGGGCCUAUCGACGCCAUCGGGCUUCCUGGCAGUCAAGACCUACUUCGUGGAGUCUCGCGGCCGCGCCGUAGGCCUGUCGACUUCGGGCUCCAACUGUGGCCAGAUGGCGAUGCCUCACGUGGUGAGGCUGCUGCUGGAGACGUACGGCUUCAGCGGCGCGCUGCUGGUGCUGGGCGGGGUGGCCAUGCACGGGCCGCUCGGCUCACUCUUCUUCCACCCCGUGGAGUGGCACGCCGAGCGCCGCCCUGUGGCCAACGAGCUGACGCUGCUCAAGGGCGAGUCCGAGCCUGGCGACGAGGUGCGGCCGCGCCGGCCCAGGAGGAACGCCUCCAUGGCGUCGCUGGCCAGCUCUGAGGUGGGCGACAUGGCCGACGUCGUGCCUGAGGACCGCCGCAAGCGCCUGAGACCCACCAAAGAAGAGGACGAGGAAGAGCAUGGGGACGCCACCGAUCAGAAGCCGCAGCCAAUCUGGCGGCGCGUGGUGGCCUUCAUGGACCUGGACCUGCUGCGGAACCGGGUGUACCUGAACGUCUUACUGGGCACGGCGAGCAUGAUGACGUCGACGGUGAACUACUCGCUGCUGCUGCCGUUCUACCUGCAGCGCCACGUGGGUCUGUCGAUGACCGACACGGCGCUCUGCCUCACCAUGAUGGCCGCCGGCGACUUCGUGUCGCGCCUCACCGUGCCUCCCAUCACGGACCGCAUCAAGGCCAGGGCGAGGUACACCUUCUUCCUCGGAGCCUGCUUCAUGGCCCUCACGCGAUCAGCAAUAGCGAUGAGCACCGGGAUGGUGCCGCUGUGCGUGUGGAACGCGCUGUGCGGCUUCUCACGCGGCGCCGCCGUCGUCAACAACAACCUGUGCGUCGCCGACGUUUGUCCCGAGGAGAAGCUGCCGGCCGCCGUGGGGCUCAACAUGGUCUGCACCGGAUUCAUGCUGCUCGCCGUGGGGCCCAUCAUAGGCUACGUCCGUGACGAGACGGAGGACUACCCGUUGUGUAUGCACCUGCUGUCGCUCCUGCUGGCUAUAGCGAUGCUGUCCUGGCUCAUCGAAGGCGUACUGCACUGGUGUCGCCGCAAGAGAUGAAUCUGAUCUGUCAGAAUCUAGUUGACGUUUGAUCAGACUUCGAUUAAUAAUCACCAUGACUUUCAAUACAUGACAACGUUCCUGUUGCGGGCGAUAUGCAAUCCUGUGCAACAUGUAACUAACUAACUAUCUGCAGUGUCCUCGGAGAACACUGGAAUCACGAAAAGCAUGUGACAACAUUAUGCCUUUCCUAGUACUGUGAACGUUAUGGAUCAUGAUUGACAGGAGAUCCAUUAUAUAGACACGUUACAAGCUGUGCGUGAAAAAUUUGUGUUCUCAGGCGACAGUCGGUAAUGAAUCUUAGCGAUAUUUCCGUGUGCUGUGUGUUAUAGAGCUUAAGAACAGCGUUGUGCGAACUACAGGGAAACAAACGUGUUCUGUUUUGCCAAGAUCUCAGGAACUGUUCCUUUAAUUUCUCUGCGUAGGAGGCCUGUCAUGGUGAGAGUGUGCCAGUGUUCUGAAGCCUGUUCUUUUAACAUAAUAUGGAGAGCCAAAAACAUUGUAUAGAACACAGCUGCAAGAACACUUUCCCUGCACUUAUUUGUGAUAAAACCCUGUGUAUAAUUAUCACUCUCAUAUUCAUUUUCAGACGAAAAAUAUUUUUCAUUUCAUAACUAUACAAAGAGCAAAUGCAGCAAGAUACGCUUAUUGCAACAAAAGUAUUGUCUCAGGUAAUAAGGCGGAAAUAAUUACAUUCUUUGGAAGAAACUCGUAUUACUGGAGCAUUAAGUACUGUGUUAAAAUCAACACCAUACAACUUAUUUUCAAAGGUAAAACCCUACAUCGCAGGAAUCAUAUAUCAUUUUUAUAUUGAAAAUAAAAAUUGUGUUUGAAUGUUUCCCCUGUACCUAUAACCCACAGAAUCUUAACCCAAACGCUACUCAAGCUAGAUUUGGUUUUCUGUAACUAGCA